AUGGAGGAAGAGCUUGAGAAGAAAGACCAGGCCAUGAAGACAGAACGCGAGUUAGACGACAAUGAUCAUGAUGAAAAGCCCCGUACAGGCCGAGGGAAGGGGAAUGGUAAAGGCCGUCGUUUGCGCACAAGGAAGGUUGUGAAGGAAAGGACAGCUGCAUCAAAGACAUCGCCGAAGAAGAAGGAUCCCGAAGAACGUGAAAAAAACAAGGAGAGUUCACACAUGCAUGCAGUGCGUUUACAUGAUUGUGCACAUGUGCACCAACUUCAUUUACUUGCCAGGACUCUACACCUCAGCCCCCCGAGGUUGAGCGGCUCCUUCUACCUCACCAAUGUGGCGAACUUGAACUUGGACAAGUGCAAUGAAAAGUUUGGCAAAACAUUUCAGGUGUGGGCAGAGUUCGUUGAGGGGCCCCAUGAUAUCCUCAGCAUAUCGAUGUGGUGCCUAGCGCUCUGCUAUGCCAACUGGACCAACUACGAUGAAUGUAAGCUGCCCACCGCUGACUUGGUGAACUACGAUGUCUUUUCAGGAGCCGGAGCUAUUCACAAAACCUUUGGUUCGGGCCCCGAUCAAUCCAAGGACCUAUCACACUUGAUUGUGAGUAGGAGAGGCUUCUACAACGCCGUCCUGGGAGUUCUGAGAGUUCGUGCAGACGGGCUCUUGACUCUAGGACUGGUGGACCUGGACUUAAGUCGACACAAGUCUAUCCUGCUGGUUUUGCCAAAAGGUGCACGAAAGAAAACUCGCAAAGUGAUUGUGAAGAAGGUCAAAAAGAAGGAAGGUGGCGAGAAACAGAAGGAGGAAGACCACAAGCAGACAGCCUUUAAGAAAAGCCAAACAGCUGACAGUGAUGCCACCUUGCCCUUCGAGGUUUUUCCCAGUGGAGGUGAUUCCCAGUGGAGACAGGAGGCUGAAGAUCAAUGGGAAAAUUGGCGCUGGCCACCAGUGGGGUGGAAACCAUCGAAAGGGCAGAAUGCCUACCAUGAUGAGUCCUCUAGCUACUACAGGUUCAACACCUAUGACUGGGACGAGUACAACAAACGCAUACGGUUUCAGCUGGCGCAUGGUGAUGGUGACCCAACUACUUCUCCUGGCUCUAGAACUGCUUCUGAAACACCGUCUACAUCCCUCGAUCGGAAGUCAAGCCUUCUGAGUGACGCGUCAACUAUUGGACCUAGUGCAAGCUUGUUGGCUGCCCAACUUGCAAGAAGCACGACUGGGGACAUGUCCCUCUUAGAAAAGUUUGACCAAGUAGCAGCAGAGGAGAGUCCAGAAAAUGUGAUGAAGAUCGCUUUACAGGAGAAAGCAAGAGCAGAAGAAAUGAUGAAAAAAGCAGAAGAACUUGUGCAAAAGGCAAAUGCAGCUACGGUGAAAAAGAUGGACGAGAAGAAUGAAAGCAAUGCAGCAGGAGAAACACAUGCAGCAGCUCACAAGAUUGAGGAGGAAGAACAUAGGAAGACGAUGCAAGAAGCAGAGAAACAUGAGGCUUUGAGGAUCGCAGCAAAGGAGCAAAAGAAAGCUGACAUAGAGAAGAACAUGGCAGAGAAGCAGGCAGAAGCUUCCAGGAUUGAGAAGAAGACGCAUGAUGCAGAGAAAGCUGAAACUUUGAGGAUUGCAGAGGAGGAGAAGAAAAAGCAGGAUGCAGAGAAGGAAGCGGCAGAGAAGCAGGCAGUAGCUUUAAGGCUUGAGGACGAGAAGAAGAAGCAGGAUGCAGAGAAGGAAGCGGCAGAGAAGCAGGCAGAAGCUUUAAGGCUUGAGGAGAAGAAGCAGGAUGCAGAGAAAGCUGAAACUUUGAGGAUUGCAGAGGAGGAGAAGAAAAAGCAGGAUGCAGAGAAGGAAGCGGCAGAGAAGCAGGCAGUAGCUUUAAGGCUUGAGGACGAGAAGAAGAAGCAGGAUGCAGAGAAGGAAGCGGCAGAGAAGCAGGCAGAAGCUUUAAGGCUUGAGGAGAAGAAGCAGGAUGCAGAGAAAAAGGAAGCUUUGAGGAUCGCAGCAGAGGAGCGAAGGAAGGUCGCAGAGAAGCAAGCAGCUUUGAAGAAACAGGCAGAAGCUUCCAGGCUUGAGGAAGAGAAGAAGACGCAGGAUGCAGAGAAAGCUGAAACUUUGAGGAUUGCAGAGGAGGAGAAGAAAAAGCAGGAUGCAGAGAAGGAAGCGGCAGAGAAGCAGGCAGUAGCUUUAAGGCUUGAGGAGGAGAAGAAGAAGCAGGAUGCAGAGAAGGAAGCGGCAGAGACACAGGCAGAAGCUUUAAGGCUUGAGGACGAGAAGAAGAAGCAGGAUGCAGAGAAGGAAGCGGCAGAGAAGCAGGCAGAAGCUUUAAGGCUUGAGGACGAGAAGAAGAAGGAGGAUGCAGAGAAGGAAGUGGCAGAGAAGCAGGCAGAAGCUUUAAGGCUUGAGAAGGAGAAGAAGCAGGAUGCAGAGAAGGCAGCAGCAGAGAAGCAGGCAGAAGCUUUAAGGCUUGAGAAGGAGAAGAAGGAGGCCGAAGCAGUGAAGGAAGCGGCAGAGAAGCAGGCAGAAGCUUUAAGGCUUGAGGAGGAGAAGAAGAAGGCCGAAGCGGAGAAAUCUGAAGCUUUGAGGAUUGCAGCAAACAAGGCAAAACCUGAUGCAAAGGAUGAAGACAAGACAGCAAAAGGGCAGAAGAAAUCAACAAAGAAGGAGGCUGAUGAAAUAAUGGCACAAGCAAAAGAUAUGAUUGCAAAGGCCGAGGCAAUGAUGAAGGAUGCACAGCAGCAAAGCCAGAGCCCAGCAGAGAAGACAGAGGAAGCAGGGAACGGCCAAACGGUUGAUGAUGAAGAAGCAGCAAAGCAAAAAGAAGCUGAGGAGCGCAAAGCAGCUGCACGAGCCAGGUACAUGAGCACAAGUUUGAACGCUGUGCUGUUUGACGCUUGGUGCCAAUGCGAAGAGGGGAAUUGGGCUCAGAGCAAAUUCUACAUGGACAUUCGCACCCGUCACACACAGAAGAGGAAAGGCAUUCGAAGAUGGCUUCUUCCCCAUGAGAUGGAUGAAAGGUUUACACCGGCAGUUGCGCAAGCUAUGAGGGAACACAAAGGUACAAAAGAAGAGUUGUGGGAGAAAGAAACUCGUUUCCAUCCCGAACUUCCCCAGAAGGAGGAGUUCCGCCAAUUUCUUUGCCUUUGCGAAGAUGCUGAAGAAACUGAGGUCUCAGAGGAAAUUGACAGGCUGUAUCGGGCCAUAGAUCAGGAUUCCUCCUCAAGCUCUGAGUCUUCACAUCGUCGCAAGAAAAGCAAACGGGAAACCCAGCCGCAGAAGCCCGAGCCAAAGGAGAAAAAGGCCAAGAAAGAAGUGAAGAAGGACAAGAAGAAGUCCAAGAAGGAGAAGGAGAAGGAGAAGAAAGAAAAACCAUCUGAGGAUCCGAAUGCGAAUGCUGAGAAGAAAUUGAUCAAGGCAGUUUCGGAUGCGAGCAGCAAGUUGAAAUGGGCAAUUGGUUUGCAAUCGAGCGACAAGUACAAGGAGUCGGUCAGGCAAGACUAUGAUGAGAAGAAGUCCAAGAGAGGCAUCAACCGGUACUUCGGUCUGAGCGAGCGUGCCUCCAGACACUUGAUCUUUGCCAGCAUGAAGACACGAUUCCAAGCGUUGGAGAUGGAGCGUGCUGGACGUGCCUACUUGGUUUCUUACAGGCAUUUGCUCACCUCCUCCAUGACCUCCCACUUCGGAUGGAGAAUCCGCGAUUUACCCAUACCUUUACUGAUGAGGAUGGAAUGA